UUAUAUUAUGUUAUAUCAGAAGUUACAGCCAAAGGCGGUGAGGAUUUUUUUGGUUUAGUUUUCUCAGCAAAGGAGAAUAUCUAUAAACUAACGCUUAAUUAACUCAGUGGUUAUUGACUUUGUGGGAACCAUGAACAGGAAGCUUCUCCAAUCAUUUACACUUUGUUAUCACGUGGGAUGCUCAAAUGUUUUCCCUUCAGACGCCCACUUUCCAUACAACAUAAAACUCUAACAAUGAUAUUAAUGAGUGAAAGUGAAAAACUAUUCCGAAGAAAAAAGCCCAGAAGAAAGACAAAGAACCUUUUACGCUACUUAGCGAACCUGAAGUGUUACAUAUACACCCUUGCUCGAGACGACUCAGAUACAAUCAUAAAUAUAUAGCAGUCCCACAAAGUAUAUUAAAGGCAUUGCAAAUAUAUUAAUGUCGCUACUCGUCGAUCAGUUAAGUGAAAUAAGGCAAAAGCGAACAAGGAAAUAUAGCCGGGCGAAAUUUGGCCGCGCCCCUCGUAUAAAGCUCAAGUCAUUUUUAGUGGCCUAUGAAAAGCUAUGGGCAAUCAUUAAAGGAAAACUGAAGUUCGGCUGAUCCAGUAAUACCACAGCUAGGACCAAGUGGGGUUUUCGGAAAAAGGAUCAAUAGGAAAGUAAUGGAAUAGUUCUUUGUUUAACAUCAGUGUUUAUACUUUUUCAGUCUGUCCUUCAUUUUGAAAAAACAAACUAGACCCCAUCUCCUCUCUCCUCUCUCGUUUCAAUCCAAAUCCUUCUCUUUUCAUACACAGACUUUUUAACGAAGACUCUCGUGUGGCAUAAACCGAGUUUAGAUCCGAUCCUGAAGUUAUUAGCCGUUGUUGACGUCAUAUGCAAUGCGCGAGGAGGAGUCUCUUUAUUAAAAUACUGACUUGGAUACUCGAGAAAACUUCAUGACUCUGCAGCGGGAGUAAAUUCAAAUCACAUUUGCGCGGCAGCCUUUCAUUAGACGGUUUAUGCUGUCAUAUUAGACAUUAAAGUUUCGUGAUUUAAACUCCGACAAGAAGCAUUUUCUCAUAGGGCAUUGUUUAUUAUUAAACUCGGGUUUUAACGUUGAACAUUCUGUAUUCUCACUGACUCGUCAUGAUGGACAAUUUGAUGCCACGAUCAAUUUAUUAAACCUCAUUAAAUAACAGGGUAGAAGAAAAUUGAACGACUGUCAUGUUUAUCACACUUCGAACAGAGCUGAAAAACAACCCACCCAGCUCUCACUACUUCAUUUGAGCAGCACUGACAUUUUAGGACCCUGUCUGCUUCCAGUUUCAUCGAUGUUAAGAUAUGAAAUGAAAACAAAAAGCAAUUUGUGGCACAAGCCUGAUUGAUCACCUCAUUUUGUUGAGUUACACGAAAUAAGCAACCCGAAUUAUAUUGUCAAAUAGACUGCGACCAGCUGGAACAAAGAUCUGCCAAUCAUUAAACAUUUCGUGGAAAUUUCCUAAUUGAUCAAUCUUUUCGAGCGGAUGCCGACAUCAAGUCGAACAGUUAUCCCGCCUUCACUAGGACAUAAAUAUAGAUACGUUACUAAGUGAAGAAACCAGAAAAAAAAAUCAUUUGCCAGCGUAAGAGCGGAAAAAGAAACUGAACGGCGAUGUCGGAAAACGUGAAUAGAACGAUGAAUGGAACACAGUCAUGGAGCUGCCCCAGCAAUCCUAGAGCAGAAAAAAAUUGGAAUAACAUUUGCUUACUGCCUGAUCUUCAUUUUUUCGUUGGCUGGGAACACCGUCAUUGGAAUUAUUGUCUACAAGACGAAAACCAUGAGAAAACCCAUCAACUUUUUCAUUGUAAACAUGGCCAUGUCCGAUCUGCUGUUUCGGAUUUUCUUGAUUCCUUUGGAGAUACAAACGCUCUAUAAAGACUCCUGGUUGAUCGGUGGUCCUUUUGGCCAGGUCUUAUGUAAGCUGGUUGCCUUCUUAACAGAAGUUUCCUCUACUGUGUCCUUUCAGAGCCUGGUUCUGAUAGCAGUGGAUCGAUUUGGUGCUGUGGUAUUUCCUCUCCGUUCUCCACUCAUCAGUUCAAAUCUGUGCCUGUUUAUUAUUCUCGCCACUUGGAUCGUCGCGAUAGCUGUUUAUUCCCCAGUUCUCUUCGUCUGCAAAGUUGUUGAACAUCCAGAGAAGCUGGUUUGUCAGCAGAACUGGAAUGAACUUUUUGGAGAAUCCUCAUCCCAUGAGAAUUAUUUCGUGUCCUGUAUAGUUGUAUUCACUUUUAUCCCGUUGGUGUUGAUAACCAUACUUUACGUUACCAUCUUACUAAAGCUCAAGUCACAGAGGAUUCCAGGAGAGCAAUCAGCCAACGCUGGACAACAACGCCAGCAAAGGGAGCGAAAUGUGCUAAAGAUGGCCAUUGCUAUUGUGCUAGGGUUUACAGUAUGCUGGCUGCCCUUCACUAUCCUCUGGUGUAUUCUCCUCUUUACGGACACCAUCAUAUGGCCGAAUUGUGACGACCUAUACUUUGUAUAUGUCGUUAGGUUAAUGGCUAUCGCAAAUUGUGCGAUAAAUCCUUGUAUCUGUUUAAUUUUCAGCAGAAAUUAUCGUAAUGGGCUUAAGGCUCUCUUCAGAUAAAUUAUCUUGAACAGCGCAGCAGCUGAUGAUACUUAUGUAGAGUAGAGAGGUUCAGUCGACUUAAAACUCGUAAGAAACGUUAAUUUAAAACUGCUUCUUAUUUAAAUUCAAUGGACACUAUGGCUUAAAGAACCUUUGCAGGACAGUUUUAAACCUUUCUUUGGACACUGAGU